AUGACUUCUGCCGAUUAUCAGAAGAAAGAGGGUGCUGUUCUAGCAUCUUUUGCAACUUUAUCUAUUUUACAGUUAAUUAAAGAUGCUCAACAAAAGCAUGGACUACGGCAUGGAGAUUACCAAAGAUAUCGAGGUUAUUGUGCUCGUCGUGUUCGAAGAAUUCGAAAAUCUUUGGGUUUCACUAACGUACAUAAAGGUAUUCCGAAGCACCCCGCAAAGUUUGUUUCUCGGAAACUCAUAUUCGACGCUGUAACUGAAGAAAGAUAUCUUUCAACACAGUUUAUUGUUAUUAAUAAAGUAACUGCAUUUGUUAGAUAUCUACAAAUAGCUGUUUUUGAUGCUGAAAGGAAUUGGUCAUAUGCAAUGCAACUAAAGCAAGAAGCUGGUGAAGAUAUACAUUCUAGAAAACGUUUCCAUAUGAUUGCAAAAUUGAGAAGAGCUGUAAAGCAUUCAUCAAAUCUUGAAAGUGUAACUAAGAGUUGUGAUCGUGUAGAUGCGGUUACUAAAUUGGAGUCACAAGCAUAUAGUUCAUGGAUGAAUGGGUGUCUUCAUUUUGAAUUAAAAAAGUGGAAAGGAGCUUUGGAAUACUUCAGAACUGCCAAGAAGAUAUACGAGAAUUUGGCUGCAGUUGUGGCACUUUCAGAUUUAAUGGAACUUUACAAAGCUAGAUGUCGAGAAAUACAGCCACAAAUGCGUUAUUGUGAGUUUAAUUGCGGUGAUGAUGCUAGUCGUGAUGCUGCCAUGUCAGAAAUGAUUAAUAUGAGGCUACAACUUGGUGAAGAAGGUGCUUUACAGGAUGACUUCGAUAAGCUAAUAGCAGAAUUGCGCACAAAGGCUACAAUGUGCCAUGCAAAGGAUAUUGAAUGGGGCAAUGAAAAGAUUUCUGUCACAAAUGAUGGUGUUAAAAAUCUUUUGCAAGCUCUUGAACAGUUUGACAAAGAACUUGCUCAAACUACAACAUAUGAAGAUAAGAUGACUCUUUAUGAGCAGUUGUUGGGUAAUAUCCGUGAUGUGAUACAAACCUUAAACGAGGAGCAGAAGAAAUUUGCUGGCAGUGGUAAAUCAAUUGACGGUCGUUCCAAUCAACUUAUCACUGUGUACUUAGAAUUUGUACGCCUUACUAGAACUAUUGAGCGAUACAUCAUGAUUAUUACACAUACAAGAGAACAAACAGAUAAGAAGGUGAAGCCACAAGAUCUGAUACGUUUGUGCGAUACAGUGAUCGAAAAUUGUUGUGAAAUUUUGGCACUUCCUGGCAUUUCAUUCAACAAAGAUUUAGAAGCAGUGUACAAAAUUAAAGCGGAAUAUUAUCGAGCAUUUAGAUGUUUUUGCAUGGCAGAAGCUUUCGUCAUAGUAUUAAAAUGGAAUGAAGCUGAUGCUCUAUAUGACCGAGCUGCAGAACGCAUUAAAAAUGCAUCAGAUAUGUUAAGUAAUGCAAAAGGGAAUUCUCUAAUUUUAGAAAGCGAGGAUAAUUUGAAGAAUUUGCUCAAGCAAAUCACAUCAUCAAAGUUUGCUGCACAAGCAAAUCGUCUUGCUGAGAUUGCAAAUAACUGCAAGGAAGUUGUGAAAGAAAAAACGCAUUAUAAUAAGCCACUCAUUAAUACCUUGGAUGAAUUUCGCAAGAUUGAGCCCGAUGAUCUGCAUAAUGAAGAAAAAAGUUUUCGAGUUAUUGCAAUGCCUCCUUCAUUCAUACCUAUGCCAACUAAGCCUAUGUUUUUCGAUUUGGCUUUAAAUCACAUUAAGGCAAGUCAAUUUUUGAUGCCAGAUCUGGAGUCAAAGAUUGCUUCCUACUCUGUUGAUAAAAAAGAAACACCAAAACGUGGUCAGCGGAAAAAUAAAGGGCCUAUAUCAAAUAAAGAGGAAUCAGAUGCAAGUCAGCAAGGAAUCGGUGGUUUGGUUAAGGGGUGGUUUUGGCGAAAGUAG